AGCCUUUGUGAUUUUGAGGUGCCAGAAGUAUCAAGGGCCUUGGAUAUAAGAAACAUUGGGACAGAUAUUUUUCAGCCUGAAGAGUCCUUUAUAGACCCUACUAUGAUACAAUCUUCAACUCUUCCCUUUUCCCUUCACAAUCAACUCUCUGAUAAGAUAGCUAACAUUGUAGAAACUCCACAUUUUGAGAGCUCAGGAGUGGGUGUCCUAUCUAAGACGACUGACAAGAAGCAGGUGGAAGAGCUAGGGAACUCACUCCAGGGCCUAUCCCAACAUCCACCACAAAGCUGGAGAUCACCACCUAGGACAUUCCACUCAGGCUCAAGAAUUCAAAGAGGCCUUACCAGCUCUGUCCUGGGCAGACAACAGAACGUCUGGGAGAGUCACUCCUGGAGACAGCGACUACCUCGAAAAUAUCUCUCCAAUAUGCUAAUGUUGGGGGAUGUCUUGGGAACCACGAUGGAAAGGAAGCUUUGUUCUCCAACAUCUUUAAUGGAAAGAGCCACUAGAGAUAUCCGUCAAUCUAUCCAGAAUUUAUUUGGGGUUCCAGCUGAACUGAUGAAGCCUUCCCAGAGUCUGCUAGAGAAAGGUCGAGGUGUUAUUCCUCAGCCUUCAGUGGCCAGAAACUACAUUCAGAGGCACACUUCAUGUCGUGGUCACGAGCAAAGAACAGCCUUAAGAAUAUGGACACGUAGCUCCAUGUCCUCCAUAAUACAGCAAUAUUCUGGGACUAGAGUGAGAUUAAAGAGAAGUUCAAAGCUCACUGAUAUAUCCCAGGACAUCUUUCAGCACAUACCAUUCAGCACAUCAGAGGGCCAGCCUCCUGCCCCAGUACAGCUAGAGUCUUCCUUCAAUAUAGUUUUCACCAGGAAAGAUUCUGUUCCAGUGGAAGAGAGUGAGAACUCUUUGAGUUUUGAGUCCCAACACAGUCUCAAGCCAAGUUAUCUUCCCCACCAGGCCAAGACUGACUUCUCAGAACAGUUCCAGUUGCUACAAGAUCUGCAGCUAAAAAUAGCAGCAAAACUGUUAAGGAGUCAAAUACCCCCAAAUGUACCUCCACCUCUAACUUCAGGUCUGGUUUUAAAAUACCCUAUCUGCUUACAGUGUGGCCGAUGUGCAGGAUUUAAUUGCUGUCAUAAAUUACAGGGCACUUUCGGACCUUACCUUCUUAUCUAUCCACAGCUCCACCUUGUACGCACUCCUGAGGGCCACGGAGAGAUUAGGUUGCAACUUGGCUUUAGGUUGCAAACUGGGAAAAGACCCCAAGUCCCAAAGUACCACAGAAGAGACAGACCCAUCACACCACGAAGUCCUAUAUCACCAUCGCUAAGGACAGCGAAAGUCUAUACUCGAGCUUCCAAGAGUCCUACUUCUACGAUAUAUUUCCAGUCUGGAUCUUCCCAGUCUCCUUCUCCUGUACGAGUCCACAUCAGGCGAAGGCAGUAUAGAGGCCCUGACCUAGUAGGAAAGACAGAAAUUAGAAAGCCGGGGCUCUAUGAAUUUAGUCAGGUUCACUCUCUACCAGAGAGUGUCUCUGAAAGCAAUCAGAAUGUAAAAUGGGCUAAAAGGAAAACCAAAAGACCCAUAAUCCAAAUACCCAUACCCAAUGAAAAGAAUCACCAAGGGAAGCAGAACACAAAACACAAAACUCUACACAAAUGGUAG